AUGCGCAUCUUCCUCCUGCCUCUCACCACGCGACAAGCCCUCGUCUUCUGUCAACGCGGAGUCCAGAAGCCGAAGACCAACCCAACCAUCGUCGAUCGAUUGACCGCGAAGGCUGCUGAGACAUGGGCCAAGUGGGAAGCCGCAGACAGAGGAUGGAGAAAAACAGUCGUGUAUUACGGAAAUCAAGGUCUGCAGCGCAUACCCUACCAGGAAUGGGGAUUAAAGAGCUUUCCGCCUUCCAAUCCCAAACUGCAGGCCGAGCAGAUUGCACAGGGCAAGAAAUUCGACGUGAUCUACCCUGGUAACGUCAUGCAUAAAGAUGAUGUUCCGAAAGUUCUGGCAAGACUGGCAAGGGAGAGAAAGCAACUGCAUUGGAAUCGUUUUAUCGGAAGCAUGGUGGCCAUGCCAAUCUGCAUCCCAUUUGCUCUGGUGCCUGUAAUACCCAAUUUUCCCUUUUUUUAUGCAGCAUAUAGGUGUUGGUCCCAUUGGAGAGCUUUGAAAGGCUCAGAUCACUUGGAUUUUAUUGUGGAUAACCGACUUUUCCGGCCAAUUUCGCCUCCAGAGAUUGAGGACCUAUACGAGCAGGUGGCGCCUGAUGCACCGGAUUUUACGUUUAUCACGCGAAGUCAAGUCCUAGACGGCAGUGCACCCCCCGAGCAGAUAAUCCUCCCAGCAGACAGCCAUAAUCUGGUGGCCAAAAUCACAGGUGUUCCAGAGCUGAGUGGAGAAGUGGAGAGGGCAAUAUGGCAAAUACAAAGACAGUUCAAGCGAGACCAACAACAGCAUGAAAAGCAGGCGCUAUCGCAGCCUAGGAAAGAUGCUGGAAGCCCCAGGCCCAAGAGAAAAGGCCAAUGA